AUGCCAAGUUUAAGAAAAAAAGUCGUAGGAUUUAUGCGACAACUGUCAAUAAGUAACCUAACGGCAGCGGUUGAAAAUAUUGGACACAAUGACAACACCCUGACUCCCAGGUCACCGCCGGCGGAUUUUCCUGGUGGUUGUUUUGUGACUCGUUACUUAAAUGGAUUGGAAGAAAAGAUAGAAGGCCCAGUGAUCCUCCACGGUCGAAAUCCCGAGGAACUUCCGAUUAAAGUCCUGGAGAAGCUGGACGACAAUGAAGAAGUUUUUGCAGCUUUCACGGGGCCAGAUCGUGGGUUGACAACUGUCAAUUUGAAGCAGAAGCACUUGAGUAUUAGCGACCCGGAUGUUGACUACAUUGAUAUUCUUGAUCAGAAUGAUCAGGAAGCUACAGUUAACACGUCAAUGGAUUGCAUAUUUUCUGUGGCUGACAAUCGAUGGCUGCUGAUCCGUACAAACGAGUCAUGCCCGAUAGACAACAGCACCAUAAAGAUCCGAGCUGCUGGGAAGCUAUACGAACCAGACAAGAAGUACUCUGGUGAAAAUAACGAGUACACUUUCCAAGAAGUUGACCAGAAAAAUUCCAAUGUAAAUUUUAACGGGAAGAAAAUAACCGGCGUGAAAUUUCUCUGUGAAGAUGAUAAAAAGAGUGAAGAUUUUGUGGACAUGGCGACUAUUGAUGAGGGAAUUCAAGCCUCGAGUGACAGCGGGGACAAUGUUGACAACUCGGAUGAUGAUAACAAGAUUGACUUGAUCCGUGUGUCUGAUGAUACGCUUGGUAACAUAACCCCAACAGAUGUUGAUGUUGAUGACAUCAUUCCGCCGCCGAAGGAUUUUGCAAAUGACAUGAUACCACUGAGAAAAUCUAAAAGUGCACCUGCGCCCUUCAAAAAUGCUCAAAAAGCUUCAUUGUCAAGCAACGAGAUGAUAGCGGGAAUUGAAAACUGGUUCCUACCUCACGAACUAGCCUAUGGAAUUGCGACGACUUUGUACGAGAAAAAUCCGACUAAUAAUGUCACCAAUGGAGAACCUAUUGCUGAUUGCUUUGGAAUCGCUGCGCGACCUAAUGCAGCCAUUUUGAUUCUAGCCGAUGGUGUCAAUUGGGGUGUGAAAGCCAGCUUAGCAGCGCGCUCAGCCGUCCAUGGGAGUAUGGAGUACCUGAACAAAGCUUUGUUCACUCCGUCAAAUAACAGUGGCGUAACUACAACAAAAGAUGUGUUUGUUGCAUUACUCCGUUCAUUCCACGCCGCUCACUCGAUGAUUCUUCAAGAACAAGGGAUGCUUACCACCCUGACUGUUUGCGUUGUCCUGCCAAUCACAAGCACUGAUCCCAACAAACAUAAAAAAUAUGUCGCUUGUACUUGUAAUGUGGGUGAUAGUCUUGCUUAUGUUUAUUCCAAGAAAACUGGAGUAAGAGAAAUAACGCGAGGAUCUCAUGAUAUUUAUUGCAUGCGUGACAUGCGCGACGCAUUAGGAGCACUGGGACCUGUUGACGGAUGCAAUCCAGAACUGAACAAUCUAACUCUAGCAAUGACAGAAGUUGAUGAGUCAGACAUAGUAUUUUUGACUAGCGAUGGAAUUUCUGAUAAUUUUGACCCCGUGGUGGGUAAAUUUGCCAUACUACCUGCCAAUAGCCAUAGUAGUAAUAGUCAGCGCCCGGGACGGAGUGACGCCAGACAUCACACGCGCAUGCGCAGCAGUUGUUCCGACAACAAUGAUUUGCCAGUGGUCGAAGCUUAUCAGCGGCACGAACUUACGUUGCUGCGCAUGGAAGACUUACUAUCACGAGGAGUUUCUGGUGACGGUCCUCCCUGCAAUAGUGCCAAAAAAUUGUGCGAGUUGUUACUCGAUUUUGCUGUAAGUUUU